CGCUGCCUGGGGAUCCCGGAAGCGGCUUCAGUUUGAGUGCGGGGAUAGCAGAGCGGAGACAGCGCUGGUGCAGGGGCCCCUACUCUAUGCCGGCCCUGUGUGUCUCUGUCCGGGGUAUCUCCACGGAAGUAGCCGGCUGCCACUGUUGCUUUUCUCAUUGAUCCCAGUGUAGUGAGUGGCUGCAAUGAGUGCCCUGCACACAGUCUGCCUCCUCCUCUGUGCCCUCUCCUGUCUCAGUGCCCAGGCUGCAGCCAAAGGAGUGACAACAAGCCUAGCUGCCAAGUGGCCAGAGAGCCCCCUGUUACUGGAGGCCAGUGAAUUCAUUGCCGAAGAGGGAAAUGACAAGUUCUGGCAGUUUUUGGGGACGGUGCAGGAGGUAACCAUCUAUAAGAACAAGGAUUCGGAAUAUUCCUAUUACAGCUUGAUAUUGAAAAAAGCUGGUCAGUUUCUUUCCAACCUGCAAAUCAGUUUGCUGAAAUUUGCACUUUCUAUAAGAGCAUAUUCUCCCACUGUGCAGAUGUUCCAGCAGAUUGCGGCUGAUGAGCCUCCUCCAGAAGGUUGCGGUGCAUUUGCUUCUAUCCACGGGAAACACACCUGCAAAGCAAGUCAGAUUAAAAAUCUUUUGAAGGAUGCGCUGGAUCGGCCAAGGCCUUACUUAUAUAAAGGAGAUCAUAUCUUCCCUACUCUUUCCAAGACUGCGCCAGUUGUUAUUUUGUAUGCAGAAAUUGGUACCAAAGCAUUUGCCAACUUUCAUAAAAUGCUGAUUGAAAAAGCAGAAAGUGAGGAGCUCAUUUAUGUUCUACGACAUUACAUACAGAAACCAAGUAUUAGGAAAAUGAACCUGUCUGGCUAUGGGGUUGAACUUGCUAUCAAAGACACUGAGUACAAAGCAAUGGAUGAUACCCAAGUUGAAGCCCAUAAUUCUACGGAUAAAUCAUAUGAUGGAAUCACUGAAGAGGUUCAAGGAUUUUACUUUGAUAAGCUGAUACAAAUGUACCCGGAUCUUAAAGACAAUCUGGUUGAAUUCCGAAAACAUCUUAUUGAAAGCACUAAUGAGAUGGUACCAUUGAAAGUCUGGGAGUUACAGGAUCUCAGCUUUCAAGCAGCCUCAAAAAUUUGUUCCACUCCUGUUUAUGAAGCGUUGAAGGUUUUACGAGACAUGAGCCAGAAUUUUCCAAUAAAAGCAAGGUCUUUAACAAGAAUUGCACUAAAUCAGGAGAUGAAAAAAGAAAUUGAGGAAAAUCAGAAGCAUUUAUCUGACACAUAUGGAAUCCAGCCUGGAGAUGCAAGCCUAUAUAUCAAUGGUCUUCACAUUGAUCUUGAUGCUUAUAAUUCCUUCAGUAUCUUGGAACUUCUAAAACAUGAAGGGAAAGCAUUACAUGGACUUUCUGUUCUGGGAAUUAAAAAUGAAGACAUCAUCAAAUAUCUGCAGUUGCAGGUCCAUCCAGGGGAGGAAAACUAUGCUUUAGAUAUCCGGAAUUCUGCCAUUAAUUGGGUUAAUGAUAUUGAGAUGGAUCACAAGUAUUCCAAAUGGCCUUCAAGUCUCCAAGAACUGUUGAGGCCAGUAUUUCCUGGAGCCAUACGUUCCAUCAGACGAAACUUUUUCAAUUUGGUUCUUUUCUUCGAUCCUGCUCAAGAUUAUGCUGCUGAUUAUGUGAAGCUUGCUGAAUUAUUCUACCAACACAAUGUGCCUCUCAGGAUUGGAUUGGUCUUUGUGGUCAGCUGUAACGAAAACCGUGAAUCCACUGAAGAUGUCGGAGCUGCACUGUGGCAUGCCUUUAAUUACAUGGCAGAUGAAACUGACCCUUCUCAUGCCUUUUCUUCAUUAGUUAGUAUGUACAACAAAGUAGAUGAUGGAGAAGCCUUGACUGUGGACAUUGUGAAGUCUGUCCUGAAGUACCAGUAUCCUCUGGCUGAUGUAGACAGUGUCCUGGGCUUAAAUUCUGAGUAUAAUCAUAAAAUGAAGGCAGGAGCAGCCUUUUAUAAGAAGAGUGGCCUGGGUCCAUUGCCUCAAGUUCUGUUUAAUGGUGUGCCCUUUAACAGCGAGGAGAUGGAUGUUGAAGAGAUGGAGAAUGUUAUUCUGCAGAAGAUCAUGGAUGCCACAGGGUUCUUCCAGAGGGCAGUGUUCAUGGGCCUACUAACUGAUCAGAUGGAUGUUGGAGAUUUCUUGAUGGACCAGCCAAACAUAGUUACCAGAAUCAACCCCACAAUUCUUACAAGUCAAAGGACCUAUAUUAACUUUAUUUCAAGAUCAGCUACCUACAGUUUGCAGGAUUACGAAACAUUUUCCUAUCUGGAUUCUCAAGACAAGAGUGCUGUUGUUUCUGAAAAUAUUAAAUAUGCUACAAAAGAAGAUGAGGAUGUAAUUUAUGCAGUCACCAUCUGGAUUAUUGCUGACUUUGACAAGCCAGCUGGGAGACAACUGCUUGCUAAAGCUGUGAAACACAUGAAAAAAAGCCAUAUCGCUCGACUUGGAAUCAUAAAUAAUCCCACCUCCAAAAUUACUGAAGAAAACACAAUGAUAUCCCGCGCCAUUUGGGCUGCUCUUCUUACCCAGAAAAGCCAUAACAUGCUGACUUUCUUUACAAAGAUUUCAAAAGAAGAAACCAUGGAUGCACUUACAAAAGGGCGGAAAAUCAAAGAGUUCCUGGUUUCGGAAAUGGAUGAUGACGCUUUUGAAAAGAAGUACAAUACUAUGGGAGUAGACAUGCUUCGUGCUCAGGAAUUGUACUGUCAUGAAGUUCUCAAACUGUUGCCUGGGCAGAUGGCUGUCAUCAGUAAUGGAAGGAUACUGAGAAAUAUUACUUCAGAUGACUUUCAUGAAGAAGACUUUAAUUUAUUGGAAAAGACUGCCUAUACUAGCUCAGCAGAGAAAAUAAAAAACCUUGUGAAAAAGAUGGCAGCGCCAUCCAAACGUACUUCCAGUGAUUUUGUUAUGAAGGUGGAUUCCCUUCUCUCGUCUAUGCCCAAGGGAGAGUCAAGACAAGAUCUGAAGUUUGUGAAACAGAAACACAGCCUGAUCAAAGUGGCACCCCAAGAAGAGGGUCCUUUUAUAGAUGUAAUUGCUGUGGUUGAUCCUCUAUCUCGAGAAGCUCAAAAGAUGUCACACUUAUUAAUUGUGAUUAGCCGUCUGAUGAAUAUGAAACUGACCAUGUUCAUGAAUUGCAAAGCAAAAUUAUCAGAAAUGCCCUUGAAAAGUUUCUAUCGUCUUGUGCUUGAACCAGAAUUGACAUUUCUAAGCAACCACAGUCUCUCUCCGGGUCCAUCAGCUAAGUUCCUGGAUAUGCCUGAAUCCCCUCUGCUAACUCUGAACAUGAACACCCCGGAGAGCUGGCUUGUGGAAGUGGUGCACAGCUCAUGUGAUCUGGAUAACAUCCAUCUACAAGACGUGGAAGGGAUUGUUAACGCAAACUAUGAAUUGGAAUACUUGUUACUGGAAGGACACUGUUUUGAUGUGACAACAGGACAACCACCUAGAGGUCUCCAGUUCACUCUGGGCAUGAAGAAUGAUCCAGUCAUGGUAGACACUAUAGUGAUGGCUAACCUGGGAUAUUUCCAGUUGAAGGCCAAUCCAGGGGCAUGGUUGUUGCGUCUUCGUAAAGGAAGAUCUGAAGAUAUUUACCGUAUAGUCUCACACAUGGGAGCAGAUUCUCCACCAGAUCAAGAGGAGGUGAUUGUGGUGCUCAGUCACUUCAACAGCAAGAUUAUUAAAGUUCAUGUACAGAAAAAGCCGGAUCAAAUACAUGCAGAUCUCUUGAGCAGUGAGCCAGAAGAGAAGACAGGACUGUGGAAUUCAUUUAUGAGUUUUACAGGAGCAAUAAAUACAGAAAUAAAAGAAAAGAAAUCAGACAUUCUAAAUAUCUUCUCUGUUGCAUCUGGGCAUCUAUAUGAACGCUUUUUAAGAAUUAUGAUGAUUUCUGUUCUUCGACAUACAAAAACACCAGUGAAGUUCUGGUUUUUAAAGAACUACCUUUCUCCACGGUUUACGGAAAUCAUACCACACAUGGCCCAAGAAUAUGGCUUCCAGUAUGAGUUAGUCCAGUAUAAGUGGCCUCGAUGGCUGCACCAGCAGACUGAGAAACAGCGGAUUAUUUGGGGUUACAAAAUCCUCUUCCUCGAUGUUUUAUUCCCACUUGCCGUAGACAAAAUAAUCUUUGUUGACGCUGACCAGAUUGUGAGGACGGAUUUAAAAGAACUGAGAGACUUUGACCUUGGCAGUGCACCCUAUGGUUACACCCCAUUUUGUAACAGUCGCAAAGAGAUGGAUGGGUAUCGCUUCUGGAAGUCUGGGUAUUGGGCAUCACAUCUUGGACAUAGGAAAUACCAUAUCAGUGCUUUAUAUGUAGUGGACCUUAAGAAGUUCAGGAAAAUUGCUGCAGGCGACAGGCUUCGUGGACAGUACCAGGCUCUAAGUCAGGAUCCAAACAGUUUGUCUAAUUUGGAUCAGGACCUACCCAACAACAUGAUUCAUCAAGUGUCAAUAAAAUCUCUACCUCAAGAGUGGCUGUGGUGUGAGACCUGGUGUGAUGACAAGUCCAAAGAAAAAGCCAAAACUAUAGAUCUGUGCAACAAUCCCAAAACUAAGGAACCCAAAUUAAAAGCUGCAGCACGAAUUGUUCCUGAAUGGACCGACUAUGACAAUGAGAUCCGUCAACUUUUGAAGAGGAUAGAGGAGCAGAAAACAAAUGGAACACAAGUAGCUCCUAAAGGCUUAAAUCACGAUGAACUUUAGCAAAUUUCAAUUUCACGGUGGAAAGUAAAGUCCUCCCAACUGACCCUUCAUUCUACAGGAGACUGUUGAAGUAGUGGUGACCUUAUUUGCUGGAUACUGGGAUAUAUAUGGACCUAUUUUUUGAUCCUCGAGAGAGACCUGUUUAUUAGGAGUCCUUUAUUAAUAUGAUUUUUUUUUUUUAUGUCUGGUAAUACAGUGAUGGUAUUGCUGACAUCUGAUCUGAUUCCCUGCACUGUAAUGUACCAGUGUGUUUUCUCUGAUACAUGGGUGUACAGCUCCUUCCAGUAACUGGCAGUGUAGACUAUAUGAGACAGAUUUAUCAGCAUUGUCGCUGAGAUAGCUUAAGGUGCCAUGUAAAUACUGACUUCAAAUGUUCCACAGAUAAUGUUCAGUCUCUCUACUGCUGCAGACAGUUGGGUAGCAGAUACCUGUUCUGCCCUUAGUGUGUCAUGUCUUUGUCAUACGCCUUUUUUGAUGAAAAUAGCAUAAAACAUGUUGCAGCUGCUCAGCACAUAUGCUCACUGGUGGUUUUUGGCCAGUUUUACAACUGACACAUGAAUGUGUUUUUUCUGCUGUAAAUUUAGUUUCGUACAUUUUUCAUGUAAGUACAAGCAUUGUUGUUAUAAACUACGUGUUCAUAUUCACUUUUA